CUUCACAUUGAUUUUUCUCCUGCAGGUUUCUCUGUGUCAAAGAGAAAAUCAUGGUUUGUUCUUCAGCAGUCCUGCUGAUAUCAUGUGUUGGUUACAUGCUUGACUUACCGGAGUGAUAGUCCCACCUGUGUUUGACAGGACACACUCUGAACCUUGACGAGCAGCUUGGUUUUGAGGUUUCUGACUCAGCUCAUUCAAAUGUGGCUGAUUGCUGUUUCUGUCCCGCUGCUCUCUGCCGUCAUCAUCAUUGUGGUAUCUGGCCGUUGUCGUGACAAGGUUUCCAUGCUGUGGCAUCGAGCUCUGGCCUGGGCACUGAGGUUGGUGCGAGGGAGAGUGUGUGUGAGGAGCACCCACGCCUUUGUGUUCUCAGAAUGCACCCACGGCAAAGUUGACAGUGUCCUGGAGACCUUUGACCUUUAUGCUGAAACACACCCCUCUUUAUGCAUUGGUCCAGAGACUGGCGAGGUGUUGGAUGAAGUGGUGAGGCGUGUCCGUCCCUCCCGGGUGUUGGAGCUGGGGAUGCACUGUGGCUACACUUCAGUCCGCCUGCUGCGCCUGCUGCCCCCUGCUGGCAGGCUGAUCACAGUGGAGCUGGACCCACUCACAGCAGAGCUAGGAGAGGAAAUCAUACUGGUGGCCGGCUUCAAACACUCUCAGUUCCAGGUGUUGACGUCUAGCUCAGCAGAGGCCAUACCAACAUUGCAUUCAUUUCUGGAGCCUGAUCAAAAGACCAGUGAAGGCUUCAACCUGGUGCUAAUGGACCACGAUCCCCAGCAGUACCUUCCAGACCUGCUGGCUCUGGAGAGAGAAGAGCUCCUCUGCCCCUCCGGCUGCUCCAUCCUUCUGAUCAGCAGGAAAACAAGAGCCGAAGACCUCAGAGAAAUCCUGGAUCACGUCAGACUGAGAGCAGACCGCUGCAGCAUCAAGACAGAGCUUCGGAGUGUGGUGGAAAUCUCCUACCAGAAGGAAAGCGGUAAUGUUGAAUGUGAUAACAAAAUCUAAACAUGUUGGUGUGUGAUUUUAGUUUGUGUUAACCAAUAGUAUUAAAUACUUCCAACCAAAACUAAACUACUUAUUUUUCUUA